UAUCAAGCAUUAUUUGUGCUUGUUUUAGGCUUAAUUUACUUGAUUCUUUUAAGUUUUGUAUGUAGAAUUAGAAAUAAUCAUGGCACAAGCCAUUAUUUUACUUGUGUGCUGUAAAAGAAGCGUGAUUAACUGUCAGAAAGCAAGAAAACAAUUGAGGUCUUGGACAACAUUGAAGCGCACAUCUAUAUUGAAAGUCUUUUUGGUUUCAGAAAAAGGCUAAGACAGCUCAUAAUAGUCAUAGAUCAUCAUGAUUGACCUCCACUGCCAAGCCGAGAAGCACGUCAUUACCGUCAUAAGUGACGUCACCGUCAUCAUGAUGACGUGGACGAUGCGCCUGACGCUGGUGGCCGCCGCCAUCACCGUCGUCGCCGGCGGCUGCCCCUUUCGUUUCAAAGCACACGGGGACAAAUGCUACUGGGUCUCCAGCGCCGAGAGCCUAUAUAAGGACGCCGUGCAUGAAUGUACCAGACUACACAAUGGCGCAACAAUGAUCACCAUUCAUGACGCCGAGGAGAAUGCAUUGUUAGCUCAAGAGGUGCUGGCUCAUAGAACUAGCUGGAUCGGUCUGUCCAGAGCCAACAGCUCAGCCCCGUGGACUUGGGUCGACGGGAGCCCGUACGACUUCAGUCUCUGGUACAUGGACGACGCCGACUACGUGGGCGGCGACUGUGCGCUGAUGAACUAUUACGAUGGCAUUUCGGGCCUAUGGGCAGGCCUUGAUUGUUCCGGAAAGUCCGAGUACUACGCGUGUCAAGUGGCAGCCACGUGAAAAACGUCACCUGUGUAGUUUCACAGAAAGUCGACACUUAUUAGCCAUCUUAGCUGCCAAUGUGUCAAAGUGUCUGUGUUUAUCAUCGGGAUAAGAUAAUGACUGAAAUUGUAUGUCGACAAAAAUACACAUCUCUCAAUGCACCCA